AUCUCGGAGGAAAGCUUGAACUACUAGCUAGAUUAUACUUCCAGAGAGCAGAGAAGCAACAAUUAGCAGCAUAGGUAGCACCAUUUACUUUCUCCAAUCGACCGGCCAGCCGGCAGGAUAGAUUAGACAUCUAGAGAGCAAAGAAGCAACAAUUAGUGACGGUAGCUGGAAGAAGAAGAAGGAGAGGAUGGGGAGGGGGAAGAUUGCGAUUGAGAGGAUCGACAACGCGACGAACCGUCAGGUGACCUUCUCCAAGCGGCGCGGAGGGCUGAUGAAGAAGGCCCGGGAGCUCGCCAUCCUCUGCGACGCCGAUCUUGCACUCAUCGUCUUCUCCAGCACCGGUCGCCUCUAUGACUUCGCGAGCUCCAGCGGAAUGGAGGCAAUACUAGAGCGCUACCAGGAGGCCAAACAGGAGCAUUGUGGAGUGUUGAAUCCAACAUCAGAGGCAAAGUUAUGGCAGAGGGAGGUUACAACCUUGAGGCAGCAAGUGCAGAACUUACAACACAAUAAUAGGCAACUAUUGGGAGAGGAACUAUCUGGUUCCACUGUUCGGGAUCUGCAGUUCCUCGUGAACCAAGUAGAAAUGAGCUUGCAUUCCGUACGAAAGAGGAAGGAGCAAGUUAUGGCUGAGGAGAUCCACGAACUCAACCAAAAGGGAUUUCUUAUUAAGGAAAAUAUAGAACUUGGCAAGAAGUUGAGCAUUGCUCAUGAGCGAAACAUAGAGCUGCAGAAAAAGCUUUCUGGGGUCAUGAGAUCGAGUGAACAAAAAGACAGCGGAAGCAGCUCAAAAGCUGCUGGCGAAUUAUUAAUGUCGACUAGAGCAUGUGAACCAAGGAUUAUUAUUGACCUUGAGUUGUGCCAGCAGGAGCAUGAGGAUGAAUACACCUAAUACCUCGUCCACUACAUGCUACUUCAACUUGUAUUUUCAGUGCACGCGUGGACGAUGGAAGCGCGAUUAUCAAAUUAAUUAUAUGGUUCCUGCGUCAUUUGCAUAGGGAGUAAUUGACGAACAUCUAUGAAUGGAGUGCAGAACUGCAGAUUAAGAUUAAACAAAACAAAAGCAGAAACAUGCUUUAAACAUAUGCUUUCAUAUUAUCUGUCACAGACAUUGAUAGAUAUAUAGAUAUAUGUGGAUUCAACUCGGUAUCAAUGAGGAGACGGGAGAAGAUCAUAUGCUUCCUCCGAUCUAUAGUAAUUGUCACUGAUUUAGUACAAGAGUACGGUGGUGAAUAAAUUAAUGCAUCAUCAAUUUGAUUUGACCCAGUUGCAAUUGUUCAACAGCCGGUGUCAUUCUGAUGUGCUUCUAAUCAUCGAGUAGCUUCAAUGUAAUUUUUGCUACUGAUGAUGCUAGCAUCCAGUUGAAAUUGUAUGAGACAGAUGAAUUGUUGUGUUUAGCCUGUUAGCAAUAGUUAGAAAAUGUC